AUGAGUAUGAGCGCAGACUUGACAGACAACCAUGUCAUUUGUGGUGCAAAUGCUUCGGAGCAGAGUAUGCAUAAAGGUCGAAAUAUGCACUGUCGUGCCUUUGGCAUACGCAAUGACAAAAUCGAGCAUCUGAAAAGCGUUCAGGCAAUGAACUCGAUGAACAAUGAUACGUAUCAGAGGGUGACCGUAUUCUCCCAAAUGCAUAACGUCGUAGCCGUAGGCACGACUGCAAAUGAGGUCCAUCUUCUACAUUAUCCAUCUCUGAACCGUGCAGCUGUGGUUAUGGAGAUAAGCGCCGGAGACGUGUACGACUGCGACUUUUCGGCCACUUCCAUCGCUAUCGCCUCUUCCACCAACAUCUUCAUCUAUAAUCUACACGAGGAUCAAGCCCCGACGGAAAAUCUGCUUAAAGCAAAGAAUUUGGCAAGCGGUGCCACCACUCCCGUUGAGAGUGUAAAGGGCAAAGGUAAAGGAGCAAAAAAGUCAAAGGGGAGCUCGACACCGACCGAAGGUCUGUUGGAGGGUCUAGAGUUAUCGGCGACAAUUGUACGCCCCAAACUCCCGGGAAAUGGCUCUGCCUCGACUUCGUUCCGCGCAGUAAGGUAUCAUCCCAAGAAUUGGAUGACCUUUUACGCGGUGCUGAAUAGCACAUUGGUCUCUGGAAGAAAGACGUCGAGAAAGUCGCAUGUACUCAAAUAUGAAUGGUCCCCACGACUGCGAACGUGGAAAAUCGCCACCACGAGGAAGAUAGGAGAGGGAGCCAUUACAUGUUUCGAAAUCAGUGCGGAUGGUAAACUGGUUGCAUAUAGCGCAUCCGACAAUAGCAUCGGCAUCCUGGACUCCCAACGGCUGGCGCCCUUGAUGAAGAUCUUGGGUGCCCACGAGCUCCCAAGUACGACCCUUCGAUUCAGCACUGACCGGUCGCUGUUGUUGUCUGGGAGUGCCGAUACGUCUGUACGCGUGAUUACAGUCCCCGAAAAGUUUGCAGAAAGAGGCUCGAGGACAUUUACCAUGCUUGUAGCCGUUGCUCUCAUUGCAGCAUUGGUUGCACUCUUAUUCCAGCUUUAUGUUCAAGGUUAUUUAGGUUCCAUAACACCAUCCUCCACCGUAACUGCUCCGUCGGCGACUCCCGAGGCAUCGACAUGA